AUGGCCUCACCCUCCACCACCACCCCCUCAUCAAACUUGCUCGAGCUUGAUACCCCAACAACAGAUCCUGAACUUGCAGACACCAGUCGACGCCUCACGGAUUUGCUUAAAUCAACUGCAUAUCUGGUCCCCAGCCUACUACGGACAGCUGCCGCUGUAGACAUCCAACCAAUGACCAACAUCAAAACCAGAUCAUUGGAUGAAGCUCUUGAUGGCGAAAUCAAUACUCCUGCUGUUGCUGCAAAAAAAACGCCUCUUGCAUUGAUAUCACAAGCCAUUAUUCAGCUCUUUGUCACCUUCGCAGUUCUACUCAAACAGAGUCCAAUACCUGAUGCCAUUGUCUCGUUGACUGAGUCAUCAGCAAAUGCUUGGGUAUCACUAGACAAGGAAUUCGACCUGACCAAGAAAGUCGUUGUAUUGGGUGAAGCCUUCAUCAAGAUUCAAAUCUUUUUGGCAUCUGUCUUCUUGACAGCUCUUGUUCGAAGUCUGGUUGCCUUUCAAAAAACGAGGGGUUAUCAAGAGCUCAUGCAGGAUAGAGCAGCAAAGAAUCAACAGCAACAACAGCCCUCAUCUUCUUCGUUAUCUGGUGGUAGCAGCAGCACCAAUUUACCGUCUCUCAUCCCGUCACCAACCACACAAACCAUUCCCAAACCCACCUUCAACGACUCGGAUAUAGUAACGCUAUCAAUAGGCGGUGUACAGUUUGCUUCUACUUGGGGAACUCUUGCUGAUGGGGGAAAUGUAUUUACAAAAUUGAGUAGAGGUGAAUCAGUCAAGGGGAUCCUUUGGCGGGAUGGUCUCUUCUUUGUUGAUCGUGACGGAACCCAGUUUCGAUAUAUCUUGAACUAUCUACGUGGCAUCGACACACUAUCUCAACUCGAAGAUCCACAAAUCCUCAAAGAAUUACUCGUUGAAUGUGACUUCUAUCACAUGCCAGGCAUGAAACACGCAAUUGAAAUGAUGCUGGGAAUAGAACCUUCCAUCUCCCCACCAUACAAUGUAUCACCUACACGAUCAUUGUCGUCAAACUCAUUGAGGCAACGUGCAAUGGCAAAAGUCAAGUCCGUCAUGCCUGGUCCAAUAUCUGGUCUCAUGUAA